UGUCUCCUUUGCCUUACAUACCACACCCCAAAUCUCUCUCUCAUACCUUCUCUAAAACACACACUCGAGUGUGUGUUUGUGUGUGAGUGAGAGAGCUAGAGAAAACAACAUGGGAAGAGCUCCUUGUUGCUCAAAGGUGGGUUUACAUAGAGGAGCAUGGUCCGAUGAAGAAGAUAAACUCCUUACUCAAUACAUUCAAACACACGGUGAAGGCCAAUGGCGAUCCAUGCCUUCCAAAGCCGGAUUGCUUAGAUGCGGGAAGAGUUGUAGGCUGCGAUGGGUGAAUUACCUUCGUCCAGGUAUUAAACGAGGAACUUUUACGGCUGACGAGGAUGACACCAUCAUCCGCCUCCAUUCGGUCCAUGGCAACCGAUGGUCAUUCAUAGCCACAGAACUUCCAGGUCGAACCGACAAUGAAAUUAAAAACCACUGGAACUCGCAUCUUAAACGGAUGUUAGAGAACAACAAGCCAGAAGACUCCCUAAACAAUAAAAAGCCAAGGAAGAAGAAAAACAAAACCGAUCAAAAGUCAAUGAUCAUAGAGAAACAAGAUGAAAUCAGUCCUCAGCCUGAUUCAUCUUCCUCUUCUUCUAUUUCCUCAUCACAAUCGGCAUCAUUCGGCUGCAUGAUUGAUCAAGGAGAAGCCGAACUACAAGCGACCGACUUCUCUUGGCCGGAUUGGUCCCCAUUGUUCGAGAUCGAAGGUACAGGAAGCAUGAACGAUCAGGAUUUACCAUAUGAUCAAGAUGUACUGAUGUCCAAUGAUGAAGAAAACGACAUGUUAGAGAAGUUGUAUUGUGAGUACCUUAACUUGCUAGGAGAUGGAGAAGAAGGAGGAGUGUAACACUAAUCAUGUCAUAUGUUUAACGUUUAAAAAAAAAAAAAAUUCUAGUGAAUAAUGUAAUAAAGAUAAUAGUGUUUGUUAUGUAUGAAAAUAAAAAAAAA